AGACGGAGGCGGACUGACUCCUCUGGCUUGCCGUAGUCGCCCACGCCUCCCGGGGUCCCGGGGACGCGCUGCGGCAGAAGAACAGCCCGGUGCGCGCCGGACGCCUGCGACGCCAGUCCGCGGGGCAAGAGCAUCAGUUUCAAUCUGGGAAGCCAUUAAAUGAAACUUGCUUAAAAUCUUAGAUCCUACACAGAGGAGAGACCUCAACCAACAGUAAGGUGGAAAAGAGUGAUGUUGUCCUUGACAAACCUGCAGAAUAUCAUCUCUAACCCGGUAAUCCCCUAUGUUGGGACCAUUCCUGGGCAGUUGGAGCCUGGAACUUUGAUUGUAAUACGUGGGCAUGUUCCCUGUGAUUCGGACAGGUUCCAGGUUGAUCUGCAGUGCGGGAGCAGCGUGAAGCCGCGUGCCGACGUGGCCUUUCAUUUCAAUCCGCGCUUCAAGUGGUCUGACUGCAUCGUGUGCAAUACUCUGAAAAAUGAAAAAUGGGGAUGGGAAGAGAUCACCUACGAUGUGCCUUUCAAAAAAGAAAAAUCUUUUGAAAUUGUGAUUAUGGUGUUGAAAGAUAAAUUCCAGGUGGCUGUAAAUGGGAAACACAUACUGCUCUAUGCCCACAGGAUUAGCCCAGGGAAAGUAGACACUCUGGGCAUUUAUGGCAAAGUGAAUGUCCACUCAGUUGGUUAUAGCUUCAGCUCGGAUUUCAGAAGUACCCAAGCAUCUACUCUGGAACUGACAGAGAUAAGUAAAGAAAAUGUGCUGAAGUCCGACACGCCACAUUUUCCUAGUAAUAGAGGAGACAUUUCUAAAAUCGUACCCAGAACUGUCUACACCAAGAGCAAAGGUUCGACUGCCCAUCACACUUUGACUUGCGCCAAAAUACUACCUACCGGCUGUUUGUCAAAGACUCUGCCGUUCACUGCGAGGCUGAACUCUUCAAUGGGCCCUGGACGAACCGUCUUCAUUAAAGGAGAAGUGAAUAAAACUGCCAAAGGCUUUAAUGUUAACCUCGUAUCGGGAAAAUCAAAGGAUAUUGCUCUUCACUUGAACCCACGCCUCAAUAUUAAAGCAUUCGUAAGAAACUCUUUUCUUCACGAGGCCUGGGGAGAAGAAGAGAGAAAUAUUACCUGUUUCCCAUUUAGUCCUGGGAUGUACUUUGAGAUGAUAAUUUAUUGUGACGCUAGAGAAUUCAAGGUUGCGGUAAAUGGUGUACACAGCCUGGAGUACAAACACAGAUUUAAAGAGCUUAGCGAUAUCGACACACUGGAAAUUGAUGGAGAUAUUCACUUACUGGAAGUAAGGAGCUGGUAGCUGAUAUGCUUGCUACAAAAACUGAAAUACAAAAUGACUUAUGUAACACUGGCCUUGUUAAAAUGCAUCUGUUAUAUUUGUAUAUAUAUAUGAAGAUGAGCUUGUAUAACGUGAAGUCCUACUAGGCAUUCUCACUCUGUGUUCCUUGCCACACAGUGUGGUUUUGUCUAGCACAGAAUAAGGAAAUUUGAGGCAACAGCAACGUCCAGUCAUUAUUCAGGUCUUUCUAUUCUCUCUCCCACCCUGGCCUCUUCUUUUUUAAAUCUUCACAUUCAACAAGUAGCUGUGAGGACAGAAGUAUACAGUGGAGCACAAUAUUCCCUGUUCUCAAGCUCAGAAUCUUCUGUGCUCUGACAUCAUGCCACUGCUUUUCCCACAGGCAUUAGUCACCUAAAGUAACCAGAGAUAAUUACUCAGCUGUGAAGUCACCUACAUAAACUAACUUAUGAAACACUA